CCCUCCCCUCUCUCGUGUCUCUCGUCUCUCUUCUCUAUUUUGAGAAUCGAAUUCUCUUCCCCCCUCGCCGAGCAAGUGAGAUGGAAAAAGUGAAGAUGGAAGUGGGUUCGGGUUCGGGUUCGUCUUUAUCGCAAAGGAGCCGCCGCCGAUUUUUUUGUCUGAGGUUGUGUCACUGUGGCUUGCCGGCGAAAAUAAGGCAAGCUUGGACUGAGAAAAAUCCUGGUCGACACUUUUAUGGCUGUCCGCGUUUUAAGGUAUGAAUAUAUGAUGGAAUCUGGAUAUAAUGGAAUCUGAAUUUGAAUUGGGUUUGAAUUUUGACCUUAUUGCAGCUUGGAAAUGAAUGCAAUUACUUCUCUUGGUUCGAUGAAGAGGAUGGUACAGAAUGGCAAAGGAGAGCAUUGCUUCAAGCCCGUGAUGAAAUCCAGGAGAAGGAUAAAGUGAUUGAGCAAUUACAGAAGACCAUUUCUGAAAUGAAAAGUCACUUGGAGAAGAAGAAGACAGGGAAGGGCGGGGGCGGGAAUGACGAAAAUGAAGAAGAUGACAUUGUUAGGAAGUUUGAAGAAUUGUAUGCUUAGUUUAAGUGUGGUGUUGAAGAAUUAGUUUUCCUAGUAUUUCUAGUUUUCCUAGUUUUCCUAGUAUUUCUAGUUUUCCUAGUUUUCCUAGUUUUCCUAGUUUUCAUUAAGUUCUCCUAGUUCUCCUAGUUGUCCUAGUUUUCAUUAAGUUCUCCUAGUUCUCCUAGUUGUCCUAGUUUUCCUUAAGAGGCACAUUCAAAAUAUAAUCAUAAGAACUUCCAUGAUAACAAGAUUGCAACAUCCAUGAUAACAAGAACAAGUUCCAUCCAACAUACCUAAUAAGUCAAGAGGUUUCCAACAUCCACACAACAACAAAAUAAUGGGUCCAACUUCCCACAAAAUACAUAACCGAGUUUACAAAAUACAUAACCGAGUUCUUCACUCCCUGCUUCCUUUCCCUUCAUCCAUAGCUUUCUUCAUAAACGCCUCAAACGGAACCACCAUCCUUUCCUCAAACUUGUCCAUUGUCUUCUUAACUCUCUUUAGCUGAGUGCCAAACAUUUUCACUUGUUUGAUCAACUCCUCCAUCAUCUUCUUCUGGUUUGCGCCUCCUUCCUCUCCACCUUCUUCGUCAUCCUGAUCUUCGUCGACAGCCUCUUGUGCAUUUGGAUCACGCGCAGCAACGUCUACAUCAUACAUCUCUUCAAAAAAGACUGAAUGUCCUUCUGCAAGACGCUUUACCCAACUGUCAACAGAAAUAUCAUCGACAUCAACGUCGUCCUCCUCUUCAGUCAGCUCUUCCAAAAGAGCUACUUCUUCUUCUGUCUUGGUAGGAAGGAUGCUGUGGAUAUCCCGUGACUGAUACCAAAAAAUUAAAACCAAAAAAUAAUCACAUGUUAGUAUAAUGCUACAACAUUUUCAAAGUUUGCAGGGGAAGAAACAUACCGUUAUUUUGUCCAGUUUGCCCAGUUCCCGAUUCAAUUUUGAAAGUGAAAACCCUUUCAUCCCUGCAGAUUUAAAGACUGAUCUGCACAUCCUAGGACAGUCUACAUCGACGUCUUCAACCUCUUGUCUGAACUUCAAUCCCAACUUGGGAAUUGCCUCAAAAGCAAGCAACUACAUACCAAUCAUGUACAAACACUUAACACAAUAAUAUUAACAAAUGAUAAGGUGAGUAUCUUCAAUUGCUUACCUCCAGUGGCAGACAGAAACCUGGAAGUGGCCAUAAAGUCUUCUCUCUAACCCGACCUCCAAAAUGAUCUAUGAUGUGCGAUAUCUCCUUAACCAUGUAAUCAAACGAGUACCUCCCCCAUGGAAAGUUUUCGUAGAACUCGAGAUCGUCCACAGCUCUUUGGAAGAAUUCCAAAACAUCUCUGGCGCCUUUUCCUACUUUCGUUUGCGCACAGAUAACACUUCCUAAAAAGAACAAAACCAUCAUCUUCAGCCGGUCUCUGUGUUCUCCCAUAGCCAACAGCUUCGCUUUGACAUCCUCAAGCCUUAUUGAUUCUCCCUUCUUGAAAUGGCACUUCACGAACUUUCUAUCACCAAACUCCUUAUACCCAAGUGGAUAGUUGCGGCAACUAAGACCUGAGAUCAAAACGUGUUCUCUCAGGCCAUAGCGGAUGGGAACACUAUUCACAAUGAACCACACUUCCUUCCUCUUCGAGCUAUCCACUGUCCGCAAUAGCAACAUCCACAUUCCUUGGACCAUGUGGUUUGAGUCCUUCUCCAGGUGGAACACGUGACAGAAUUGUGGAUGCUCCUCAAACCACUUCCUCUCAGUAUCACUCAUCGGCGGUUCCAGAUUGUCAAAUGUAACUAUAACGUCUUUGACGAAACAUUUGGUCGCUAGCUUUAUUUGUUUCUUGUACUCCGACUCAUAGAAGUACAUCCUCAACGGUUUGAUUGCCUCGGUUGCCUCUAAUUCCUGCAAGUAACAUUGUGUUCUACAUCAGUUAUGCAAGUACUAAAACAUAGUUCUCCUAAGUUAUCCGAGCCUUUCCUAGUAUAUCUAGUUAAACCCUAUUCAAGUUCCACACUUAUUACCUCUUCUCCUUGCCCGAGAACCCCUUCACCAUCACCAUCAACAUUUCCUAAUUCCGCUUCCAAUGGGGGUUCUCCUUGUUCUUGAUUUUCAUUUUCAUUUUGACCUAUGUUCUCUUCGGGAGUCUCGUUCUCUUCUUCUCCGGUGUCUUCCUCCUCUUGUAUUUUUUCUUCAUCUUUGCUCUCUACUUCUUCAUCGCUAUUUUCUUCUUCCUCUUCAUCUUUGUCUCCAUUUUCGUCUUUCUCUUCUUGAGAUUCAUCGCUAUUUCCUUCUUCCUUUUCAUCUUCGUCUCCAUUUUCUUCUUCCCUUUAUUUCUCCUUCUCCGAUUCUUCUUUCUCUUUCUCCCGAUCUUCUACAUCCUUAGCCGGUUCUUCUACUUCAUUCUCCUCCGCAACUCCCACGGUUCCAACAAAAUCAACCGCCGGUGAUUCCUCAUCCGUCGUUUUUCUCUUCUUGGAACUCUUCUUCGGUUUGUUCUUCUUCGAGGUCCCGCUCUUUUGCGGAGGAGGAUCCGUUGGAGGAGGCCUAUCCUUUCUCUUACCCAGCCUAGUUUCAACUAUGAUUCACACGUUUUCGGUGAAUAAUCGAAGGGAAAUCGAAGGAAUCGAAGGGGAGUGGGAUGUUCUAGGGUUACGUUUUCGAAUUUGGGAGAAACCGUUGAGAGAGAGGGGAAAUGGAAAUAAAGGAGAAAUUGGAGAGACUCGACUUGGUUUAAAUCGAAAUUGAGUGGUUAUUUGGAUUCGGGUUCGAGAUGGUUAAAAUCGAGAUUGGAUCGGAGGGUUUAAGUUGGAUUGGAGACGGUUAAGUCUAAUUUAUGAUCUUUGGUUCGUAUUUCAAUUCGAUUCGGUUUUCUCUUCGGUUAAACUUGGUAAAACCCGUAAAUAGUUUACCUUCCUUAGGGUUAACUGUAAAUUCCAGCAAUUUACCAUUUUAUAUUUUUUCCUUUUUGUUUCAUGUCCUUCAAAGAUCGACCGAUAAGGAGGGUGGGUAUAGGAGAUGAUGUCCCGUCAAGUUUCAUGUCUUGUCUGAGAAAAUAUCAUUCUCGAGUUCGUUCACUGAAUCGUGCUAUAUCGAACGACGCAAGUGAAGUCGACAAACGAGCUCGCGCUCUGAGAGUUCUAAACAUCAUAUCUUCGAAACCAGAUGAAGCUUCGAGUCGCCAGAACCAUCUUGGACUCGUUAAGGACUUUCUGCGAACAGAUUCGAAGCAUCUCAGAGAUGAUUUUGGCCUCGCAAGAACCAAACAUGGAGUCUCAAGCGUUCUGGAAGAAGUUCUGCUCGAGAAUUCUUCAACUCUCAAGUGUAGUUUCGAUGCUUAUGGUUUGUCUUCCGCCGUGAGCUCUUGCGGGUCGGAUCGUGACUUUCGAAAUGGUUAUGGGUUUCACUGCUUAGCGUUAAAAAGUGGGUUUACCUCAGAUGUGUACGUAGGAAGCUCUUUAGUCGUUUUGUACAGAGAUUCUGGUGAGGUAGAUAAUGCACGUAAAGUGUUCGUUGAAAUGCCUGAGAAGAAUGUUGUUUCGUGGACGGCUAUGAUCUCCGGGUUUGCGCAGGAGUGGCGUGUGGAUAUCUGCUUGAAACUUUAUUCAAAGAUGAGAAACUCAACCUCUGAACAACCGAAUGAUUACACCUUCACGGCUCUCUUGAACGCUUGCACUGGAAGCGGAGCGUUAGGGCAAGGAAGAAGCGUUCAUUGCCAGACGCUUAAGACGGGUUUCAAGUCUUGUCUCCAUAUCUCAAACGCUCUCAUCUCGAUGUACUGUAAAUGCGGAGACUUGAAGGAUGCUUUCCGUGUCUUUGACCAGUUUAUAGACAAAGAUGUCGUCUCUUGGAACUCUAUGAUUGCUGGUUACGCGCAGCACGGACUUGCGACGCAAGCUAUCGAGCUUUUCGAAGUAGUGAUGCCCAAAAGUGGGACAAAGCCUGAUGCAAUCACUUACCUUGGAGUCCUCUCAUCGUGCAGACACGCUGGUAUGGUAAAAGAAGGAAGAGAGUUCUUCAAUUCGAUGUCUGAACGCGGCUUGAAACCACAACUCAACCAUUACUCUUGUCUAAUAGAUCUUCUCGGGAGGUUUGGUCUGCUGCAAGAAGCAUUAGAGCUGAUCGAAACCAUGCCGAUGGAACCAAACGCAGUGAUAUGGGGAUCUCUGCUGUUCUCUUGCCGUGUUCACGGAGAUGUAUGGAUGGGAAUCAGAGCUGCUGAGGAACGGUUGAUGCUUGAACCUGAAUGUGCAGCCACGCAUGUCCAGCUGGCUAAUCUUUACGCUAGUGUGAGGUACUAUAAAGAGGCGGCGAUGGUGAGGAAAGCGAUGAAAGAUAAAGGGCUGAAGACGAGUCCAGGUUGUAGUUGGAUUGAGAUUGAUAACGAUGUUUACAUGUUUAAAGCUGAAGAUGGUAGUAACUGUAGAAUGGUAGAGAUUGUUUAUGUUCUUCAUUGUCUUGUAGAUCACAUGGAGUUCCUCUAAUACAACGCCUAACAGAUAAGUCGAUAAUUAUACAAUAGAUUUUUUCUUUUACACA